UUGGGGGGCGUUGCCCUCCUCUCUCUCUCCGCGUGGCAGCUUCCGCUCUCCAACGUCACGCGCGAGGCACAACAUGGCCCCUGUCAGCCGGACAGUUACUGCGGCAGCUCUCUCCCUGCUCUGUCUGUGGCGGGCAGUGAUUUCCACCGAGUACUUCUCCACUCUGACUCUAUUUAACAAUGAGCUCCGCAAGCAAGGAUGCAGCUCUCUGUCCGAGUGGGAGGACUACGCCGCUGACUGCGAGUCCUCGGUUUUACAGCUGGAGGACCCGGAAUGCGAGGAGGGAAGCAGCCCGCCCUGCAAGUCCGUCUUCUCUCUGAAUGCAGAAAAAAUCCUGAAUCAAGCAAAGUUGUUUAUAGAGCAGAAAAAAAUCCCCUUCCCCGUAGAAAACCAAAACACCAACGAGGAACUGGCGAUAUGCUACGUUCUGAUCGGUAACGGCCUCUACGAUGAGGCCAUCAAGCAUUUCUCCCUCUUACUGCAGAAUGAUCCUGAGCUGGUCAGUGCCAUUUAUGGAAGAGGGAUCGCUUAUGGGAAGAAAAGUCUGCAGGACAUAAAAAAUGCCGACCUGGCUUUAUAUGAACUCAAUCGGGUCAUCGCCCUCGAGCCAAACUGGCCAGAGGUCUACGAACAGAGAGCAGAGAUCCUGUCUCCUCUGGGCCGGAUCAGCGAGGCUCUGAGCGACCUGACCAAAGCCAUCCAGCUGCAGCCUUCAGCUCGACUCUACAGACACAGAGGAACGCUGCUCUUCAUCUCUGAGGACUACGUGGCAGCCAUGGAGGACUUCCAGAGAUCCUUAGAGCUGAAGAAGAACCAGCCCAUCGCCAUGCUGUACAAAGGCCUCACGUAUUUCCACAGAGGCAUGCUGAAGGAGGCGAUUGAGACGUUUAAGGAGGCGCUGAAGUUAAAAUCUGACUUCAUAGAUGCCUAUAAGAGCCUGGGACAGGCCUACAGAGAGCUGGGGGAUUUUGAAUCAGCGAUGGAGAGCUUCCAGAAAGCUCUCAUGCUGAACCAGAACCACAUUCAGUCGCUCCAACUGCGGGGGAUGAUGCUGUACCACCACGGCUCGCUGCAGGAGGCGCUCGGAAACUUCAAGAGGUGUCUGCAGCUGGAGCCGUACAACGAGGUGUGUCAGUACAUGAAGGGCUUAAGCCACGUGGCCAUGGGGCAGUUCUACGAGGGCAUCAAGGCUCAGACUAAAGUCAUGCUGAACGACCCCCUCCUGGGGCAGAAGGCCAGCUCUGAAUACCUCAAAGUGAAAUACCUCAGAGAGUACUCUCGAUACAUGCACUCCCACCUGGACAUCCCGGUCGCCGAGUACAACGUGGACCAGGAUCUGCCUGGGAACUUCAAGAAUCACUGGGCCAAAAACCUGCCUUUCCUAAUAGAAGACUAUGAAGAACAACCUGGUCUGCAGCCUCAUAUAAAAGAUGUUCUUCCACAGAACUUUGAAAGCUACAGCACCGAGGUCCAGAAGAUGAUCUGCAUCGCCGACCAUCUGGGAGCGCUGAUGCAGUACGACACUCCGGGCUUUUUACCCAACAAGAGAAUACACAGAGCCAUGGGUUUAGCAACGCUGGAGGUGAUGCAGGCUAUGCAUCGGACGUGGAGCAACUCCAAAGUUCGAGUCAACGGAAAGACCCGGCAGAUGCAGUGGAGAGACAUGUUUGACAUAGCAGUCAAAUGGAGAAGGAUUGCAGAUCCAGACCAACCUGUUCUGUGGCUGGACCAGAUGCCUGCUAGAAGUCUAAGCAGAGGCUUCAACAAUCACAUCAACCUCAUCAGGGGGCAGAUAAUCAACAUCAGAUACUUGGGAUAUUUCGACAACAUCCUCGACUUCAUCAAAGACAGAAUACUAGUUUAUCACGGAGCAUACAAUCCCAGAGGGCUUUUGGAAGUUCGACAAGCACUCGAAAGUGUAAAUAAAAUAGAACAUCUGCUUCCUAUAAUGAAGCAGUUCAAUAGUAAAACAAGAGACGGAUUCACCGUCAACUCUAAGGUGCCGAGCAUGAAGGAUCCUGGUAAAGAGUAUGAUGGUUUCACCAUCACCAUCACUGGAGACAGGGUGGGAAACAUGUUGUUCUCAGUAGAGACGCAGACGACAGAGGAGAGGACGCAGCAGUAUCAAUCAGAGAUCGAGUCCAUCUACAAAGACCUGACCGUCAAAGGAAAGGCGCUGAUGCUCUCCACAGAACUUGGGGAUGCAGAUGCUGUGAGCAACUUGAUCCUUUCUCUGGUGUAUUAUUUCUGCAACCUCAUGCCUCUCUCCAGAGGGUCCAGUGUUGUGGCUUAUUCGGUGGUCAUGGGGGCGCUGAUGGCCAGCGGGAAGGAGGUCAUCGGCAGAAUCCCUAGAGGAAAGUUGGUGGACUUUGAAGCCAUGACUGCACCGAGUCCAGAGAACUUCAGUAAAACCACAAAGAGCUGGAUGCACUUGAAGAGUUUACCAAGCUGGUACCAGAACCUUCCAUCCGUGUCAGAAACCUUCCCCACCAUCAGAACCAUGAUCGAGGUCCUCAAUACAGACUCGUCCUCAUAUUGUCCAAAGAAGUCCUAACUGCUGCAGAAAGCCCGGCAGAGCCAGACUCUGGUUCUGUCUGGCUCCUCUUGCCGGGCCUGGGCUGAACAAGCACAAACACAUCCGUCUGCACCGCAUCAGACAUCUUGAAAUGAAUAUAUUUAGGUUGACGGUCAGCUUUUUUUGGAAUUGGCACUUUAACGUUGAUAUUUUUAAAACCCAAAGCAAACCUGUUGGACUCCAGAUACAUCCCAGAUUUGAGAUCAGUUUUUAACCAUCUGGUUGUAAACAUUCAUAUGUUUUAAUCUGGUUCCGGCUUCCCCCCCUUAACUUUUUCUGUCAUAGUUUAAAAACUGACUAAAAAAAGUAGAAACUCCAGGUUUAUAGUUUCACCAAUUUACUACACAAUAUUAUACUAUAUAAAAGAGGCUCCAAUAAAUUCAAAUCUGGGUCAUUAUCUAUGUUUUUGGCAAUGGUGACAUUAAAAUAAGGGUUCAUGUUAUGGUUGUCCUCUAAAAUCUUUGACUGGAAGAAGCAGCACAAAUCAUGCUUUGGUUUAUUUCCAGUCGUUUAGUUCAACCAUCCUUUUCGUGAUCAAGAGCUUUAUUUUUUUGUCCAGCUAAAAGCUUUUAUUUUGAAAUGUCAACAAGAACAUCCUUUUAUUGUAAUAGUUUAAAAGUCAGAAUGAACAAAUUUGUAAAAUUAUUGAAAUUUACGCUGAUAUAUAUAUUUUUUUGGUUUUGCUUUAAGGGAAAAGUGCUGCCACACAAGGUUCUGAUUAGAGAUUUAUGUUAAUCUCUUUUACUUAAAGAGGGAAGCUGCCUAAAGUCACCCUGAGAUUUAUAUUUCAUCACUGAGAUUAUUUUUUUUCUCCUCUAGCUGGGGUAAGUUCCAAACAUAAAGGGGAAACUUUUAACUACAAACAUUCAGAAGUAUCAGUAAGCUCCGCCCCCAAAGCUGACUGUGUUUUAAUCCGCUCAUCAAGUGCUUCAGUGAGGACUUUACAACAACCUACAAACUUGAAGUUUUUCAAUGAAUGUUCGACGGUCAAUAAAGCUGGUAACAGUUUCUGUCUGAUCUGAA